GACGCUGUUCCACCUUAUCAACGCGUUCGCUCACUGCUGCAGAGCGUGUGCAUCGUCUGCGCCUGCCUGCCACCACGAGGAACAUCAGUCUUGCCUUGCCUUGCAACCGCGCCGGCCCGUUGAGCAUACACCAAGCAGUUGCUGCAUACCGCACGCCCGCACGCUGCACCACUGCACUGCACCACGCACAGCUCCGAGCUGCUGCCACCAGAGCCCGCUGCAUCCUGGAGACCUCCGCCGCCAGCCGGCGCACUCUGCUCUGCAUCUCGCGGUGCGUUGCGUCUCGUGCCUGCGCAGCCCGCAGCAGUACCUGCACCCGCCACCGCCCCGACGAACCUCUCCAGCCAGCAUCGUCGCCAGCAUCAGCAGAUCGCAGCGCGCACGCUCGCACGCCCGCCGCCCGCGCCACACGUGUGUCAAACGCCCAAGGUUCGUGAGCAUCAGUGGACCGCAGCCCAUUGACACGCCCCGACGACCCGUAACGACCUUGACGACCUUUUACGACUGCAUUUACGACUUUGCCUUGAGUGCGGCGUUUGACCAUCGCAGCUUUGUUAUCUGGCCCGCCGACAUUGCUAGCAUCUAGACCAUCACGACCUGCUUUGCACCCUUGACGAGCCCACGGAUCCGCAUCUACGACGACCAACAUCACCACCGACGCGUGAACUUCGAGCAGUGCGCUCCAACACCGCGUUUCCAUUUUUCCACCGCCGCUCGACGACCGCGCGAGCUUCAAGACUACCUUCACCGCCGUCAAACUGGAGCUGCCUUCGGUCUCCCAGAUAUACCAAUCCCGAGGGAAUCAGAGCCAGUGGUCUCAAACUCCCUUUGAGUCCCAAAGCACGCUCUACUCCCACGAGCCCCGACACCAGACGAGCGCGUCUUCAGUAGGCUCCUCGCCUCGGGCUGGUUCUUCCAGUGGUGCCUCGAUCGGCAAUCAAUCCUACGAUUCGAACACGUCGUACGCGUCUUCCAUCGGCCAUAACAAGCACGGCGAGUACCAGUCUCCGUCCUCCCACUCGACAGCACUCCAAUCUGCCUUCGGCACCGGCUAUUCCAGCAUGAAUCACCCACAACAGUACAUGGACAGCCACGCGCAGCAGGCGGCGCCAGCGCCGGGCAUGCCUCAAUAUUCUUCGUACGGCCAACCACCACCGCUUCAGCCUGCGACCUACACGUAUCAGCCUCAAUCUUAUCCGCAGCACUCUUAUGGGAACACAAUGCCACCCAUGUCUGCGCCUCACCCUGUCACGUCGUCCAUGGGUCCCCAGAUGAUCCCCCAAGCGCUUCCGCUUCCGACCAUGGCAUCCAACGCGCAGCCCCCUCCAGGCGCUUCUCAGCAGUAUACUCAGCAAGCGUUCGAUACCUCGGGACAGAUUGCACCCCCCGGAAUGAAGCCGAGAGUGACUGCGACCCUUUGGGAGGAUGAGGGAAGCUUAUGCUUUCAAGUCGAGGCCAAUGGCGUGUGUGUGGCGCGACGUGAAGACAACCACAUGAUUAACGGCACCAAACUUCUCAACGUCGCUGGAAUGACGCGUGGACGUCGCGACGGCAUUCUUAAAAGCGAGAAGACGCGACACGUCGUCAAAAUUGGACCCAUGCACCUUAAAGGUGUCUGGAUCCCCUUUGAUCGUGCGCUGGAUUUCGCCAACAAGGAGAAGAUCACGGAGCUUUUGUACCCUCUUUUUGUUCACAACAUCGGUGCCCUGCUCUAUCAUCCCACGAACCAAGCCCGCCAGAGCAUUGGCAAUGCCGCCAUGGCUGCCGCUGCUCGCAGACCGGACUCAUCUCAGGAUUACAUGCGAACUCCUCAGGGAACACAACCUCCUGCACUGACUCACCAUCACUCAAUGAGCACUCCCAUUAGCGCUGGCGGGUCACAGCCGCCCCACUCCAUUGCACCUCAUCCAGGUACCGGCAGGCCUGGACUGGACCGCGCGCACACAUUCCCUACCCCGCCAACCACGGCCUCAGGAUUGCCCAUGAACAAUGGAUAUGAGUAUGGAGCGCAGACAGGUCAGCCACUCUCGUAUGGCACAGCCAUCUCACGUACUGAACCUUCUACCCCAGCAGCUACCUCACCGAGCAACUCGCAAGGUAUUCAAUACCAAACCAGCCAGCCAGCCUACAGCAGCCAGUACUACUCUGCGCCCUCGCAGUAUGGACAACAGCAUUACGGCGGCAUGCCUCGUUACAACCCUGUGCAGCAGAGUCCUGGAGGUGGCGUGAAGUCUGAAAUGGGUCCUCCUGCCCGCGCCGGUGCCGAAAACGAGCACGUUGAAAGUAAGCCUCAGCACAACGGUUACAGCGGCCAGCAGGACGCGGAUGGGGAACACGAGGGUGAAUAUACCCACAGUGCGUCAUAUGGCGCCAGACGCCCAUCGUACAAUUACAAUCCUAACACUGCGUCAGGAUCUGCUCACCCAGAAUCUUCGCACGUGUCUCCCGAGCAGACUCACUCGCCGCAUCAGAACGGCGUGCACGGCUCUUCGACCCCACGUACGACCACCACGUACACUGGAUACAACAGCACCACUCCUCGAGCAGGACAACUGCCAUCCAGCAACCUGAACUACGUUAUCGGCAACGAUGCACGAUCGGGCGCACCCAACGGCGCUGAGACAGGUUAUCCGUCUCACUACCAACAGUCGCCUCAAUAUCCGCCCAUGAACGGCGCAGUAAAUGCCCACAACAAGCGCGGGCGCGAUGACGAAGACGAAGCGCACUACUCCAACGACGCUUCUAUGAAGAGGCAACGCACCGACGGCGUUGGCAUGCCGCAACCGCAAGCAGCCAAGGUCGGCGGCCGCCGAUAGCCACCACGUGACUGUCACGCAGUAUUUUA